GCGGGCUGCAGCUGCGCACUGCUGUAUUUUACAAGACCGGAUAAGUUUUCACCUGGAAGGAGACUUCGGAUUAUUAUCAUGUUCCAUUCCGUUUUUCUGCAGAGGCAACAAAGACGAUAGUUGUGAAACUUUCUAAAGAAAAAGCAAACAUGUUCCUGUAAGCUGUUUUCAUAAGGAAUAAACCGACCGGACAGGAGACGUCAAGUGGAUUUUACGCACCGGGCUCCGUACGCAGACUUUUUUUUUUUUUUUUAAUACAUUUUGUUCACUUUGUAAGCUUAAAUCCUGUUUUUUUUUUUUUUGCGUGUGCGAUUUUUGUUGGCUCACAUUUUCCUGAAACAGGUUUUACUCUUUUACCGCGAGUCUCACGAUGCGACUUUUUCUGGCGUUUGCGUCCUGUCGGGAACAAACCGUGCUGGUAAAAAUGUUACGGGGCCGUUAAAUUUAUUGGAACGUGACCACCGGAGAUGAACUUUCUCCAUAAUGAGAGGGAGCUCUUGUGAAUGAUUGACAGCAGAGGCUCGCCCGGUGCUCUGUGGACCUUUAUGGACAAACUGGAUUUACCGCGAGCUUUGUUUUGUUUGAACCAUUAAGAGGCUUAAAGGUGAAUUGAUUUUUCUCUCUCCUGGAGCAGAAUGAAACCCUGGUGCUGAUUUAUCUAGCAGAGGAAGAAACUUUUCAUGCAGGUUUUCGAGAUGAAAUUUAAAUAAGCUGAUUGACCCCCUUCCUUUAGUAUUCCUCUUAUUUUUCGUGUCUUAAUGACUUUAAAUUAAUUAUUCUAAAACUAUUUUAAUAUUUAUUAUUUUAUACAUGGAAUCAACGGUGAGGCACGCGCGGCACAGCCCGGUGUUUCCGCGGUCCCUCGUGCUGCUUUUACUGUUGUUCCGGUGUGCUGGUCUCACGUUAGGAGCCUCCAAAGAUCUGGUGUGUGAGCCCAUAACGGUGCCCAUGUGCAGGGGCAUCGGCUACAACUUGACCUACAUGCCCAAUCAGUUCAACCAUGACACCCAGGAGGAAGUGGGGCUGGAGGUGCACCAGUUCUGGCCCCUGGUGCGGAUCCGCUGCUCCCCGGACCUGCUCUUCUUCCUGUGCAGCAUGUACACCCCGAUCUGCCUGCCAGACUACCGCAAGCCACUGCCGCCCUGCCGCUCCGUGUGUGAACGGGCCAAACGUGGCUGCUCCCCUCUGAUGAGCCAGUAUGGCUUCGAGUGGCCCGAGAGGAUGAGCUGUGAGCAGCUGCCCCAGCUGGGUGACGAGACCCUGUGCAUGGACCAGAACAGCAGCGAGACCACCACCCUGGCCCCCCCGUUUCCUAAGCCCACUCCUAAAGGCCGGACCAGACCCCCGAGCCCCCCGCAGUGUGACAGAGAGUGUCGGUGUCGAGACCCACUGGUGCCCAUCAAGAGGGAGUCCCAUGCUCUGUACGGCCGGGUCCAGACUGGCCCCCUGCCCAACUGCGCCCAGCCCUGCCACCAGCCCUACUUCUCAGCCGAUGAACGUGCCUUCACCAGCUUCUGGGUAGGACUCUGGUCGGUGCUGUGCUUCAUCUCGACCCUGACCACUGUUGCUACGUUCCUCAUUGACAUGGAACGCUUCAAGUACCCAGAGAGGCCCAUCAUCUUCCUGGCUGCCUGCUACCUCUUCGUCUCUUUGGGUUAUAUCAUCCGCUUGGUGGCAGGUCAUGAGCGAGUGGCAUGCGGUGCCAGCAGCAGUGUUGGUGGUGACCAGAUGCACAUCCUCUACGACACCACUGGCCCGGCUCUCUGCACUCUCGUCUUCUUGUUGGUGUAUUUCUUCGGCAUGGCCAGCUCCAUCUGGUGGGUGGUGCUGUCCUUCACCUGGUUUCUGGCUGCGGGGAUGAAGUGGGGCAGUGAGGCCAUCGCAGGAUACUCUCAGUAUUUCCACCUUGCUGCUUGGCUUAUCCCCAGCAUCAAGUCCAUCGUGGUCCUGGCUCUCAGCUCUGUAGAUGGAGAUCCUGUGGCUGGAAUCUGCUACGUCGGGAACCAGAGUCUGGAGAAUCUGAGGGGAUUCGUACUUGCACCUCUCGUGGUUUACCUCUUCACUGGUUCACUUUUCUUACUCGCCGGCUUUGUUUCUCUCUUCCGCAUCAGGAGCAUCAUCAAGCAAGGUGGCACUAAGACAGACAAACUGGAGCGGCUCAUGAUCCGCAUCGGGCUCUUCACGGUGCUCUACACCGUCCCCGCCACCAUCGUAGUGGCCUGUCUGGUCUACGAGCAGCACUACCGGCCUGGCUGGGAGCGAGCCUUGGCCUGCUCCUGCCUGUCCGAGCGUCAGCGCUUGGGCCUGGGUCCGGACUACGCCGUCUUCAUGCUCAAGUACUUCAUGUGUUUAGUGGUGGGCAUCACCUCAGGGGUCUGGAUUUGGUCAGGGAAAACCCUGGAGUCCUGGAGGAGGUUUGUGGCUCGGUGCUGCCCCUGCUGGCCGCAGAAAGCCACUGCUCCACCCUCCAUGUACAGUGAGGCCAGUACUGCUUUAACUGGACAUACAGGAACUGGGCUGACAUCAGGGAUCUAUCAUAAAGCUGCUCCAUCUCAUAUAUGAACUGACUGGCACAAUGAAAAGUUUUAAAAGGACUGAUGUUCAUACACACACUCUGUACAGUCACCUCUCUGGACACUGGGCACAAUAACACACCAGGAUGUGAGUGUGGACAAACAUCUGCAUCUUCAUUGUGCUCUGAAUAUCAGCUCUAGUAAAAAGGGAAAAUAACUUGGAUAAUACAAAUUUAAACUAGAGAAAAUCCAAUGCUGAACACUUAAGAGUCUUUUUGAAAACUGAUUCAAACACUUUAAACUGCUUUUCUAAGCGAUAGAGCCGAAACAGUUGACCAAACGUGACAUUUCAUUCACACGUGCUUCUUCCUAUCUGCUUUUCCUGAGCACUGAGAGUAAAAAACAUAUUUAUUUAUGUAUAUAUUGUAAAAAUUUGCUGUAAAAAAAUAAUAAAUUAGAUGUAUAGUGCGAUAUGUUUAGUUUGUUCCCAACCAAUGCCACUGCCACAAGCAAAGUGCAAGACACCAGAGAAACAAAUCUUUGAUUUGAAUUGUUUAAAGUUGUACAUAUCAGUGUUUGAGUGUGACUUUGAGAGUCUUUUUUUUUUGGUAUGAUUACAAACUGAAACUGUGCUUAGAAAUUGUCUUUCUUUUGGUGGUUCUCACACUUGGAAAUCAACUGGGACUGAAACAAAAACUAAUCCAGUCAUUGUAACGGAUGCCUCUAAGCUCUGAUGUUAGGUCACAUCACAUGGUCCGUUUCUGAAAAGUGAACUGGUUUUGUCCAUGUGAACCAACAGACAGUGAUCAGGUUAAAGCUGCAGGAUGAAACUGACCUUGGACUUUACCCCCAUCUGCUGGUUUACAGUGGAAGUGCUCACACCAGGGACUCUCACAGUCCCCCUAACAGAUCGUGAGACCACAGACCCUCAGUUAAGUAAGAUUGUGUGCCAAAACUGUUUAUUAAGGCGUGAACCACAAAAAAUAGCACUCACCGUGAAAUCUACAAUUGGGAAAGUAACUCUUAUACAUUAUCAGUUUUUUUAAAAUUAUUUCUGUUUUGACAGUUCUGCUGUGGACUCACUGAUACCAUCUCACUGACCCCUAGAGGUCCCUGGACCUUACUUUGACAACCAUUGCAUUACUUUUCUUCAUGUUUUCUUCUUGUCCAUGAUUUCAUGUCACAGACUCUGAACAGAAAGAUGUUAGGGUCACAGACAGACAGAUUUUUGAAACAAUUAGUCAACUAACUGAUAAAUUAUCCAACACUGGAAACUGAAUACCUCUUUAGUUUUGGACUGUUGGUUGGGAUGAAACAAGCAAAUUGUAGACAUCACUUUGGGAUUUGGAAAAAUGUGACAAGCAUUAACUGAUAAUGAAAAUGCUCAGAUUAUACUCUGUAAUAGUGGUGAGAGGCAAAGAAUUCAAAAUUGGUACCACCUUCUAAAAUAUGAGGCUCUGCUGUUUUUCUCUCUCUUUUUUUUUUUUUUUUAAUUCAAUAUUGUGCCAGUUUUGGGCAAAAUAAGCUGUGAGCGUCAUUAAUUUUGACAAUUUAUAGGAUAAACAAACACUUUUACCAACAAAUAAUCAUUCAUUAUCAGAGGAACUUUUGGAAGAUGCAUUUUUUCAUCACAACCAACUGUUUUCACUCUUUAAAAUCUGUGGUCUGAUGUGCACUGAUCUGUUUUUAGGGGCCUUGACAACAUAAUAUACAGGACAUAAUAUGUCCUGUCUUCUUCCCAAGGUCACAUUUCAUUCAGUGUUUCUCUUGAAAAAUAUACAAAACUGAAGCCUAUUUAAGCUUUUUGUUUUCUGCUUUCUCCCCCACCCCUGCUGUGAUGUUUUGUGAUAUUUUCAUUCAGUGUUGUUGGCCAGUUGUGUUCUUUUUAAACUACUGUGUGUCCACAUGCUAGAUAUUGUGUCUAAUUUAUUAGUCUGAUUCGUGAGUGAAUGUGAUUGUGUGAGUGAUGAUGAAUGCCAGUAAGUGUUGGUAAAAAUUGACAUUUAGGUUUGUUUAAGUGUAAAUCCUACUUUCAAAUCCCCUUAAAAGACAUAAACAUAUUGUAGAUUUUGAUUCAUAUUGUGGAAUUAAAACUGAGUUGAUCUCGAGUUGUGUGUCUGUGUAAAUCUGGCAUAAUAUACUGUAUGUGUAUUGGUUUUUAAUGAAGAGCACUACAGUUUUUUUUGUUCUAGUUUCAAUGGCUCAA